CAGGGACCGGGUUUUGUUGUGCUGGGGAGCGCAGCCAUGUGUCUGGCUCGGCUCGCACAGAGCCCAACACCCUGUUCUGAGCAGCAGGGGGGAGGCGGGGACUCGUGCUGGGAAGAACUUUGACUGGCCUCCCUUCUAGCCGGAGAUCCCGGAAGCAUUUCAACCCAGUACACAGCCCUUCUGGGUCACGGGUAGCCUUUCAACCUCCUCCUCCAAUUCAUCUCCCGUUCCUGUCCCCAAUGCUACCGUGCUUCUCUGCUGGGAGAGUGCAGCUGGCUCUCCUGUUAAGCACCUGUGUGUUAGGGAGCAGCUACAGUCUGCAAGUUUUUGAAGAUGAUGGAAACAUGGUACGACUGCCUGGUGGGAAGUUCCAAAUGGGAACAAAUUCACCUGAUGGUAAAAAUGAAGGGCCUCUCGAGGCGGUGACAGUGAAGUCAUUUGCUAUUGACAAAUAUCCUGUAACCAACCGGGAUUUCAGGGAGUUUGUUCGAGAAAAGAAAUAUAAAACGGAAGCAGAAGCCUUUGGCUGGAGCUUUGUCUUUGAGGAUUUUGUAUCCGAAGAGCUGAAAAAAAAAGUGACCCAAAAACUGGAGUCUGCCCCUUGGUGGUUGCCGAUUGACAAUGCAUUUUGGCGACAGCCAGCAGGUCCAGGAUCUGGGAUAAAAACCAAGCUGGACUACCCAGUGCUACACGUGAGCUGGAAUGAUGCACAAGCAUAUUGCAAGUGGAAAGGGAAGAGACUCCCUACUGAGGCAGAGUGGGAAUUUGCUGCAAGGGGAGGACUAGAGAGCAGAGUAUAUCCUUGGGGGAACAAGUUUCAACCAAAUCGUACAAAUCUCUGGCAGGGAAUCUUCCCAAAGGUCGAUACAGCAGAAGAUGGUUACCAUGGUAUUUCCCCAGUGAAUGCAUUCUCUCCUCAGAACAACUAUGGGCUCUAUGACCUGUUAGGAAACACCUGGGAAUGGACUGCAUCAGAGUAUCAACCUCCUGGACCCAUGUCAAGGCAGCGUGCUCAGAAAAUGCACGUCCUGCGAGGUGCAUCUUGGAUUGACACAGUAGAUGGAUCGGCCAAUCACAAAGCUCGUGUUACUACUAGGAUGGGUAACACACCGGACUCCGCCUCGGAUAACCUGGGUUUCCGCUGUGCUGCCCACAUCCCGAGUCAAAAAACGAGGAAAACGGAGAGUAAAAAAGAGCUGUGAUGACAUCACAUAUCGGAAUGGACCGGAGACAUUUUCUCCUGUGGAGAUGCCAGCGAUUCCCUGCAGUUGUGUUGGAUUGAAGUUUGGCCAAUUUUAAAAAUAAACAUUUGCUACUAAUG